UACUAAACCUGUCAUUAUCUAUAGCGCAUUCGAGCUGGCUCGCGUGUAUCCUCCCAUAUCCUCCUGUGAUCUGGCAUUUGUAGACUAUAGACCUUCCCUUAUCGCUGUACACUAAUAGACGCAAUGGCUCCUACAACUCUCGAGCACGCCUUUUCCAAGGACUCCACUAAUAUCGCGGUCAUCGUCCCUGGCAAGCCUGCCCUGAGCGUCUCCUACCAGAAGCUUUCUUCUGAUGUGAAGGCCUUCCAGCAGAAGCUCGCCGAUGUGGGCAUCUCCGCGGAAGCAGCAGUGUCCAUUGCUUUGCCCAACACCUACGAGUUCAUCGUAUCCUUCAUCGCCGCCUCAUGGCAACGUGCCAUCGCCGCGCCUUUGAACCCCGCGUACAAGCAGUCCGAGUUCGAGUUCUACAUCGAUGACUUGAGCUCCGCCAUUGCGCUUGUACCGAAGGGCGCAUUCGCUCAGGAUGCGGCGGCGGUACGAGCUGCACGCAAAUACAACGCGGCCAUUGCUGAGUGCUACUACAACGGCCACGAGGUGGUUUUGGAUGUCAAGGAGGCGGGCAAGCUCGCUGGGAAGCGCGCUUCGAUCCAGACGGCCCAACCCGAUGAUGUAGCCCUCGUGCUGCACACCUCUGGCACCACGGGUCGUCCUAAGGCGGUGCCUUUGACUCACCGAAACUUGUUGCGCACCAUGAAGAACAUCCAGGCGACCUACCAGCUUACGCAGGAGGACCGCACCAUGUUGGUCAUGCCGCUGUUCCACGUCCACGGCUUGCUCGCUGGUUUUCUCGCGCCACUGGCAUCAGGUGGAUCAGUUGUUGUGCCUGUGAAGUUCUCUGCUUCUGAAUUCUGGAAAGAUUUCGUCGAGCACCAGGCUAACUGGUACACCGCUGUGCCUACAAUCCACCAGAUCCUGCUCAGGAACCAGGCACCCAGCCCGAUGCCAAAGAUCAGAUUCAUCCGCUCAUGCUCAUCGCCGCUAUCGCCCAAGACUUUCCAUGAGCUCGAGAAAACAUUUGGCGCCCCGGUGCUUGAAGCGUACGCCAUGACCGAGGCGGCCCAUCAGAUGACAAGCAACCCGCUGCCGCCCGGCAAGCGCCAACCUGGUAGCGUGGGUUUAGGUCAAGGCGUGGAGAUCAAGAUCCUGGAUGAAGCUGGAAACGAGGUGGCCCAAGGCAAGGAGGCUGAGAUCUGCAUCCGGGGCGAGAACGUGACCAAAGGCUACCUUAACAACCCCGCGGCCAACGCAUCUUCCUUUACCAAGAGUGGUUUCUUCCGCACCGGCGACCAAGGCAAGCAAGAUCCUGAUGGCUACGUAAUCAUCACCGGCCGCAUCAAGGAGCUCAUUAACAAGGGUGGCGAAAAGAUCAGUCCGAUUGAGCUUGACAAUGUUGUCGCUCAGAAUCCAGCUGUAUCUGAGGCUGUCAGUUUCGCUUUGGAAGACGAGAUGUACGGGCAAGACGUUGGCCUGGCCGUCGUCAUCAAGGAAGGUCAGAAGCUGAGCGCUGGCGAGCUGAAAGCCUGGAUGGCUGAACGUGUCGCCAAAUUCAAGCUGCCGAAGAAGAUCUUCUUCACCGAUAUUAUGCCUAAGACCGCCACUGGCAAGAUCCAACGCCGACUUGUUGUAGAGGCUAUGCUCAAGAAAGAGAAGCCCAGUGCGAAGCUCUAAGUUACUCUGCUUGCAUUUGGCUCAUCCCGCAUGUAUCAUUAAGUAGAACUCGAUUUGGAUGUAUUUUCAAGCACCACAACACGUAUACAGCGCACUGAAUAGACCGUUAGACUACGCGAUUAAUUCACCCGUUGCUUUCCC